UAUGAACCUAACUUUGGUAGGUUUUUCAAGUAGUGGCGGAUCUGCCGCUCACUACUUCCUAUUGCUUUCAAAGACAUUGUUCUCUCUCUUCGUCAAACAAACCACAUACUUUCCGAUCAGCAUUACACUCUAAUGGAUUCAGAGCCUUCUCCACAAGUCAGACGGAAGCAUAAAUUUGCUCCAAGAGCACCACCCCGUCUUGUUCCAAAGAAAGAAGUUAAAAGCGAAGUGAUUGAGAAUGCCGAGGCUGAUGCUAACCGGGCUAAGGAUCUACUGCGGCGUUUCAAUGAGAGUGCUAUGAGGGCAAGGAACAAGGUUGAGAAAAAAGUGUCAGCUUCACAAAUUGCUUUUGGUUAUGGUGGAGAAUCAACUUCUUUGAAAUCAUACGGUAUUGCCAGGGAUGGGAGAAGUGUCAACAUCAAUCAGAAUUCGGCAUCUAGUGCGGUGGCAGAGAAAGAAUACACAGAACCAUGGGACUAUUACAGUAAUUAUCCAGUAACUCUUCCUGUGAGGAGGCCAUAUUCUGGAAAUCCAGAGCUUCUUGAUGAGGAGGAAUUUGGGGAGGCUGCAGAGUCCACAACAUACGAUGAAGAUGCAUCAAAUUCAGCAAUGGAGUUAGGCUUUUUGGAGGAAAACCUAGAGGCAAAUAUGUUCUUGAUUAAAUUGCCUCCGAAAUUGCCUAUGGUUAUACAAUCAAGUACUGAUGGAGGAAAAGAUGUUAAUGCGAAAGCUAAACCUCCUGGGGGUUCAAAAAAAGUGGAGAAGCUUUGUGAGUUGAAAGACUUACCAUCUGGCUUCGUGGGUAAAAUGCUGGUAUACAAAAGUGGUAAAAUCAAGCUCAAGCUUGGCAAUACCCUUUAUGAUGUUUCUUCAGGUAUGAAUUGUGGCUUUUCCCAAGAUGUGGUUGCUAUCAAUACGGCUGAGAAAAAUGUGUGCAGCAUUGGGGAGAUAAGCAAACAUGCUACAGUAACCCCGGACAUAGAUGCCAUAGUAGACAAUUUGUCUGAUUUUUGACAAAUUCAAAUCAUUUUUUCUUUUCAGAUAGUUUACAUUUUACCAAAAAAGGAUAGUUUUUACAUUUACAAAAAAAAAAGGAUAGUUUACAUUUUUACAUAUAGUUAUGAAUUUGUUGAAAUGAUGUCAUAAACAGUGAACUGAGAAAUAAGAAAAAUGAGCAUGAGAUUUUCUCUGUCUUGAAA